AUUGAAAACAUUAAUAUACCAAAAGAAAACAGUAGUGAAGAAUCAUUUGAUGGAGGACCCCAUAGUACAUGGUUCCAUAAUGGAAGAAACUCCAUAUAAAAGCGCCUCUUCACUCCAUUCUCAUCAUGUCUCAUUCUAAUCCAUCAAACCACAAAACAUCAUCUUCCUCUCUUAAUAACACCACCACCUAACACACACACUUGAAUUUUCACACACAGUUUGAUCUUUCUCAAAUCUACAGGAAAGCGAGGGAAUAGUAAAAGGUUUUGAAUCUUUUAAAGAUGAUGACUUGUGGCUUAAGCAAGAGCCUUGUCUUCUCUUCCUCGUUGAAGAAGCAGCAAGGCAUAGUGACCAUCCUUGGUUCCGCUGACUGUAACAUUCCGUCGAACACUUCAUCUGCACCUUCACUCAGGCGGACUUUCUCUGCCGAUUUGUCCUGCAAGAAUUGGGUCUCCCAAAAUGGGUUAUCUCCCAUGAAGAGGAUCUCUUCCUCGGAGAAGCUCCGUACCUUUGGUGCUGACUCGCUGAGCUCCGGCGACGAGGAGCAAGACGAAGAGUCUAGAUCUGGGUUCGAUAUUUGGGCUCAGAUUCAAGAUGACAAGAAUAAGAAGAACGAGGAGACCGAGCUGGGUCAAUCCGAUGUAUGGAGUUCGAUUCUAUCGGACAAGAAGAAAGUGUCGGAAUCGAGCAACGACACGGUUCCUCCACCGUACGUUCAUCCUCUGAUGAAACGCGCCAGCUCCUUGAGCGAGAAAAGCCUCGAGAUUUGCACCGAGAGUCUCGGAUCCGAGACGGGCUGCGAAGGUUUCUCUUGGCAUGCGUCGUCGGAGACUGGAGAUGCUGAGAUCGAAGUUCUCAACGUCACGGUGACCAAAGAGGAAGAAGAAACAGAGACUGAGGUUGUUGAGAUUGAACAAGAACCAAUCACGGUUCCAAAUUACACACCAUGCAUCGAGCUUCCUCGAGGAUCGUUCCCUCCUCCGAUCCGUUCUCUCACGAGCCAAUCGGGUUCGGCUCUGCACAUGAAAACUCGCCGUGACAAUGGCCGAUUGGUUCUCGAGGCUGUCUCUAUGCCGUCGCACAACAACUUCUCCGCCAAGCGCCAAGACGGACACCUCCUCCUCGCUUUCGCAGAAAUCAGCGACGAAUUUGACAUCGCUAGCGACGAAGAAGACGAAAGUGCUGAGCUUCAGUGGUUCGACGAUGAAGAAGAAGAAGAAGAGGAGGAGGUACAAGACGAGUUUGCCUAUAAGCCCAAUGGGCUUCAGUAUAAGCUACCACAAACUCAAAGUGGGCUUAUUACUGUUCAUAGGUUGGCCCAUAAGCCUAUUGGAGUACCAAAGAGAAACUCGAGAUGGCCUGCGGCAGAUGAGUUCGAGACCAAAUCCGACGUAGUCCACUCCCUACCACCAAGGCCAAGGGUGGCUCAUCUCGCUCGGUCAAUGAAACCGCCGUCCACCGUGGACGACACCGUAGGAGCCGCUUGCUUCAACGCAUGUGACUACUCUUGGAAUCCCACUAUCACUGAAAAUUUGGGCCAUAACACAAAAACCCAAUUUCAAGCACCAAACUAUGUCCACAAAUCAAUCGGCCUUGGACAUGACGGUUGGAUAAAUGGUUGCAAGGAACGAAGGAGAUCUCUUUUGUCUGUUGAGCCUUUCUGCAUUGCCACUUCAUAAGUUUAAGACUACCAGAAAGGGGUAUUUUACAAGACGCAUAAGCAUAUGAUAUAUCUAUCUAUGUGUAUAUAUAUGCGAGUAUGUAUACUCGAAUAUAUAUGCAUAUUAACCAAAUAAUUGUUGAUGUUAUUGAUGCGUUUUCUACCUAUGUUUUACCACUUACCUUUUUGGUUUGUGGGUGAAAAGAAAAAACAAGAAAAUAAAGAGUGGAGAGUAGGAGAAGGAAGAAAGUGAGGUGUGAUGGUAGAGAGUAAUUUUAUUGUUUUUAACGAGGUUAGAGACCUUGUUGGGGUAAAUAAAAAAUAUCUAUGAUAAAAGUAUUAUGUUUUGUACAAA